AGGCGGUCGCGGCGGCGACGGCUUGAACGGGCCUGGCGGCUACGGUGGAAAGUGUCCCGCGGGCGGGCUGUGUGAGCGCGGAGGCCUUGGCAGAAGUCAAUGUGAUUUUAAUUUGAAGCAAAACUGAGAAAUGGGUUCCUGUUCCUCAUUCAUUCAUACUGCAUUUUGAUGGCCAUGGCAUAAGAAACUUUAUCCCAGGAAUACGACUUUGCAUUAGCACUGAACAAGAUUUGUGAUGAAAUGGAGCCUGGAACAAACUCUUUUCGAGUAGAAUUUCCUGAUUUUUCCAGCACCAUUCUGCAGAAACUGAACCAGCAGCGCCAGCAAGGACAGUUGUGUGAUGUCUCCAUUGUUGUCCAAGGCCACAUUUUCCGGGCACACAAAGCUGUUCUUGCUGCCAGUUCACCCUACUUUUGUGACCAGGUACUCCUGAAAAACAGCAGGAGGAUUGUUUUGCCUGAUGUAAUGAACCCCAGAGUGUUUGAGAACAUUCUCCUAUCUAGUUAUACUGGACGUCUAGUAAUGCCUGCUCCAGAAAUUGUUAGUUAUUUAACAGCAGCAAGCUUCCUCCAGAUGUGGCAUGUGGUAGACAAAUGCACUGAGGUUUUAGAGGGAAACCCUACGGUCCUUUGUCAGAAGCUAAAUCAUGGCAGUGACCACCAGUCUCCCAGCAGCAGUAGUUAUAAUGGCCUGGUAGAGAGCUUUGAGCUGGGCUCUGGGGGCCAUACUGAUUUCCCCAAAGCCCAAGAACUGAGGGAUGGAGAGAAUGAAGAGGAGAGCACCAAAGACGAGCUGUCAUCUCAGCUCACUGAGCACGAGUACCUUCCCAGCAACUCGUCCACAGAGCAUGACCGGCUCAGCACUGAAAUGGCAAGCCAGGAUGGGGAGGAGGGGGCCAGUGACAGCGCUGAGUUCCACUACACGCGGCCCAUGUACAGCAAGCCCAGCAUAAUGGCUCACAAACGCUGGAUCCAUGUAAAGCCCGAGCGCUUUGAACAGGCGUGCGAGGGCAUGGAUGUGCAUGCACCCUAUGAUGAGCACCAGGUCACUGAGUCCAUCAAUACCAUGCAGACAGAGCACUCAGUCCAGCCUUCAGGAGUAGAGGAAGACUUUCACAUCGGGGAAAAAAAAGUGGAAGCCGAGUUUGACGAACAGGCUGAUGAAGGCAAUUAUGAUGAGCAGGUGGAUUUCUAUGGCUCGUCCAUGGAAGAGUUCUCUGGAGAGAGGUCUGAUGGGAAUCUAAUUGGGCACAGACAGGAGGCUGCCCUAGCAGCAGGCUACAGUGAGAAUAUUGAAAUGGUAGCAGGGAUUAAAGAAGAAGCUUCCCACUUAGGAUUCUCAGCCACCGACAAGCUGUAUCCUUGUCAGUGUGGGAAAAGUUUCACUCACAAGAGUCAGAGAGAUCGACACAUGAGCAUGCACCUUGGUCUUCGGCCUUAUGGCUGUGGUGUCUGUGGUAAGAAAUUCAAAAUGAAGCAUCAUCUCGUGGGCCACAUGAAAAUUCACACAGGCAUAAAGCCGUAUGAGUGUAAUAUCUGUGCAAAGAGAUUUAUGUGGAGGGACAGUUUCCACAGGCAUGUGACUUCUUGUACCAAGUCCUAUGAAGCUGCAAAGGCUGAGCAGAAUACGACUGAGGCUAACUAAAAAUAGGAUCUGGCCCUUGAGUGGCAGGCUCAAAAAUAAACUAUGGUAAUUAUGCAAAUCUGGGCACAGAUGAUGCGUGCUACUUGCUAUUAUGAGAGAAGCUUAAAAAAAAAAGGAAGAUAUUUCUGAAAGACCAGCUCUAAGUAGGCCAAUUAAAAAGUCUAAUUCCUCAGAUUUGUAUGUUCUAGUCCAGGCCUGGAGGGGGUGAAGGGGGUAGGUUAACCCACCUCCCAGCUGGCAAGGUAAACCUUGAGGCCCAUGUGAUUGAGGCAGGUGGACUUGCUGAUAGAGACACCUGCAGUGGGAACUGGACUCCAGCCCCCCAGUUCCAUGUCAGGUGGCAGCAGUUUUUGAUCACUCAUAUUACAAGGUCAUGUUGGAAUUUCAUUUUGCUCUUACUAUAGAUACUUAGGUAAUGUGGGUUUGUUUUGGUAGCUGCUUCACUGAAUGAAAUGCUACUUAGGUAAAAGCUACAAAUAAUGUGAUUCCUAGGAUGAGAAAUUGAUUAACAGCUCUCGUCUGGUUUUAUUCUUUCUAAAUGGUAUUUUAAUUAAAACUACGGAAAUACUAAGAGGAUGACAUUCUAAGUAUGAAACAAAUAACAUGGUACAAGCUUCAAUUUCUGUAAGAUGCCGCUGUCACAAUGUAUUUCAGACUCUUGAUAAGGCAAAGUUUUAUAUUUUAGUACUAACAUUUAAUUUGAGCAGUUGUAUCUAAUUGUAAUUCUCUAGAGUGCCAGAGAUAGGUAUUUCUAAUUGGUUUGCUGUCCCAAAUCCUGUUUGCUGAAUUGUAGCAUCCACACAAUGGGAUUUGCUUUGACUCUGACCUCGGUACCAUUGACUGCUCCAGGCGUUUCUCUCACAGAUUAUGGUGCUUCCCAAAGAGACCACAGUUAUUGGGAAGGAGCCAAAAGUCACGGCUGAAAGUUACCCAUGGACUUUCAGGAGUUAGUAGAGUGCUACAGUGAUACUUGCCGAGUAGCAGAAUUUUGAGUGGCAGGUUAUACUUAGGGGGGAAAAAAAACAACUGGCCAAGAAGAGAGGAGUCUUGAAAAUACACUGGUGGGGGAGAUACUCUUAGAGGGGUACCCUGAGCUGAUACUGCCAGUUCUUUAGGAGUGCUGGAAUGUGUUUUCAAAGGGGGAAAGAAGGAGUCCUAAUUUUAGAAAGUAGUCUACAGAUUCAUGCUCCCAAAUUAUAGAUAAAGCUGCAUAAAUUUACAAGUCCACUUAGCUAUACCUACCAAAAAACAACAAGAAAAGCAGCUAUUCUGAGACCUUUUCUGCGGAUCAGAUGUUUUAGGUUAAAAAGGAAGCAUAUAUUCAGGAUGCUUGUAGGCUGUGUAAUAUACCUGAAGGUAUCACCAGGGUAGAUCAGGGUGCUAGUACUAUGUCAACUUUUCCAUAAACUUACUGGUCUGUUACUUCCACAUGGAAACUUUUUUUCUUUAAAAUAAAAAUAACUCUUCUUGGAUUUGGGGUGAAAUUUUGUUUUAAAAGUUUGGCUUUGCUCUAAUGUGAUAGACAUUGCUGGCAAUGGCCUCUGAUCCUCAAGCUCCAACCACCAAGGCGUUUGCUUGUUGAACGUUGUCUGGAAAGGGGAAAGAAAGUACUUAUUUACCAGUUAACUCUUAUAAUCAAGAUUACAAAACAGGGAUCUGUUCAUUAACACUGUAUCAUUCUUGAUAUAUAAAAAGCACUUUGUAUUUAAAACUUUAUUAUAAAUAUAUAUAUAUUGAUUUUUUUAACCUAGAAACUAGAUAUUACCUCUUGGUUGUUUGCCACGUUAAUAUCCUCUUCUCUUAGUGUUGAAUCUUCACCAGUUAGCAGUCCUUUCUCUGUGUACCUGACGGAAGUGUAGAGAGGUGACUGUACAGGCAAGCUCCAUUGCUUCUUCUCUUUUCCUCAUGGUAGAAGCCAGUGGGUUUUAGGUAUGAUCCUUGCCAUUAUGUGUGAGGAGAAGUUGUUUUAUUAUUCCAACUAAUUUCAGUACUAACGCAGUGAAGCCGUUUUGUUCUGCCAAAAGCUGAUCUCUCUCUCCCAUGUAUUAGCACACCAUUUUCUGCCUGUUUGGAAAGUUUGAUGUGCUGUUUCCCAUUAAAGAUUAUAUUCAAAUAAGCGUUAGGAUGUUUGGGAAGUCUGAGAGGUAAAAUAAAAGUAUUCUGGAAAAAUCAUGGUCCUUCAGUUAGGCUGAAAUCAACACGGCACCCUUGUCAUGAGUAACGAUGAAGAGCUCUUGUUCAGCCAGGAGUGGUGGGCAGCCCUUGGGUGGUAGUUUUGGAAGCAGUCAGUUGUGCUGGGACUUAUUUAAUGUGUUGUGAAGAGAGGUGUAUCUUUUAUGGGAAUUCUUACAUGUACAUCAGCUACUAAAUGUAGAAUUUAAAGUAUAAGUUCCUCACAUCUGCUGUUGUUUUUUGUGAUAGUUGGGGUUUCCCUAAAAAUUAGGGUUGCUAAUUGGGUGAACCAGACCCUGUGAGAUGGUUGGGCAUCUGAAAUGCUGGCCGUGUUCAGAGAGGCAGGGGAAGGGGAUUGCCUUAGUUUGGAUAUUAAAAGUGAAUUUUUAUAAACUCUGCUUUUUAGGAUUAGGAGAUCAUUACUACCUUUUUUUCCUGCCCAUCCUGGGUUGGAUCGUCUCUCUCCUUAGCCUCAGUACAGCUUUAGAAAAUCUUUAUCCUUCCAAAUGAGUUUGGAUAGUUGUGGGUAACAUUUUCCAAACAGUCUUUCAGGGAUCGUGUCAAUGGCCUACAACCAAGGUAUUUGUCGCUCACUCUGAGUCUUAACUGUGGUUUUUCUCUAAUCCCAGUGGGAAAGGGCUUCAAGGCACCACCAGUGGUAUUUAAUAUUAGUACCUAUACUAUGCCUUUAAUUUUAGAUAUACACAUGACAAUAAUCCACUUGGUAAAGACAUAUCACUGGCUAACUAAGGAAGGACUGCGGUAGCCUUUCCUCGAGGGUUGAGGGUCACCCUCAUGCGCUUCUGGGCCCCAGCCUGUUGAUUCUGAUUUCUAGAUCUCACUUUGCUCCAGUCCCUUCUUUUGGCCACUACUUUCAAAGAGUCUGCCCCAAAGGGUCUCCUCCAUUCUAGUGGGCAUUUGCAGACUAAACUGACCCUAAGCUGACUUCUAGCUAUUUGGGAAAGCUGCUUAGUCCCGGGGACUCCUUCCUGCGGAGGCACGCACAGCCCCAAGCUGCUUCGGACGUGGAGGCAGGCAGAAGCACAGCUGUGCUUUCUCUGGAAAGAGAGUGGCUGCGCCUCCUGGGUGAGGCUGGAGAGGACGCCAUCACACCAAAUCCAGGUGUUUGCUUUUAUAAGGUCUCUGAUAAUUUAGGAAUGCUAGAAACCAAGCAACAUGCUACCCCACAGCCCGCAUCUGUGCCACACUAAUUUUGUGAUUUAAUUGCUUUCAUGGGUGACUAACUUUGUUCAGUGAAACCAGGGUUUGUUUGUUUGGGUUUUUUCUUUGCUAGUUAUAUAUUUAAAGGUACAUAUUUCUUAUUUCAGAUCUCUACUGAUAGUGCCCCAUGGGAAGAUGCUGGAACACAUUUUGCAAAUGUGACUUUUUUUUUUAGUGUUGCUUGAAGCCUGUGUCAUAAUGUCAGUUGCUGCUGCCUUCUUUCCUUUUAUGAGGUUCCCGAUGUUUCUUCCAGAAAAUUACUUUAUUUAUGCAAGUCAGGUGACUCUUACACCACAAAACCAUUUGAUGAUAAACAGAUUAUCAUUAGGUGCAUAUCUUAUUGAUAUUUUGUGAAAUGUUAUGCCUGUGUUGCGAAAGUUGAAUAGUUUUGUCUUUAUAUAUUGCUGUCUUCAGUGUACAGCAUGGUUUUACUUAAUUGAAUGUUACUGUUUAAUAUUUUCUUCUUAUAGAAGAGACCAUGCCCUUUUGUAUGACAUGUUUUAAUAAAUGUUAUCUGUCAACUUUGUAAAAGUUUUGUUUUUCACUCUGAGGG